AUGCAGCCAACUCCGACAUACUGCAUUAGUGACGACCAGAAGGGCAGUGUCUACGAACCGGCCGAAGACACUUUCCUGUUGCUCGAUGCUCUUGAAAAGGAUGCUGAGGUUAUUUGCUUCAUCACUUCAUCACUUGCGGGUCGGUUUGUUCUUGCAGUAUGGUUGCUGGGAGGUCGUAUUAAUGGGUCUGACUUAUCAUGCGUUUUUGCUGUGCAGCGCUAUACCGCUGCAACAGCUACCAAAAACGCAUAUUCUCGAGAGAUCGUCUGCGCAUGCAUGUGUUCGGAAGCGAGGGAACUUUGUCACCCACUUUCGUCUCAGCAAUCAGGAAAGCUCCCGGGAAAAUAA